CCGAUCAUGUUUGAUCGAUGGUUAUGAGUUUACGACUUACGAAAUACAGACGCGUAUAACGUAACGAUGAUAUUAUGCCAGAAUAUAUUGUAUUGAAUUUGUUACAACGAGAGAUUCCGAGACGUUCGUCCGUUAGAUAGGUACAUCAUAGACUAUAGUGGUAGAUGUUCUGCGUGAUAUCAGUAUAUAGGAAAAUAGGUACGUAAUUUCGCAGCAAUUGCCAUCACACACCAUGUUAUGGGGUUCGAGCCCGUGUCUUGAUCUGGCCGUGUACGACGAAGUCGGCGACGGAAACUUAAACAUAUUAAUCGUGAGCGCCGGCGACACUCGCCACUUGCUACAAACGCUGGCCAAACGGUACAAACAUUCGUAUGCGAAAAUUCGUAUCUAUGUAUACGAACCGGUUGUCGACAUGUACGCCAGACACAUACAGCAAAUAGCGUUGGCUCUUGAGCCGGUCGAUCGGAUGAGCUUACAAUACAAGGUACGUACUUGGAUGGAACUUUAUGGUAAUAGCCUUGUAAAGCCCAGUACAAACAGUUAUCUAAUCAAAAAAUCAGCUCAACUUAUAGAUAUCAUUACUGAUGAAACAGCUAGACAGCAUUGUUUGCCCAUUAUUCAACUGGAUGCACUUAAAUAUAAAGAAAGGGACACUAUUGAAAAUAUAUUUAAAUAUUGGAAAAAUAAUAAUGGUUUCAACAUAACAAUGAUGUGGGAUAAGAGAGUACGAAAUUAUUUGGGUACAAGGUAUGAUCACCGAAACAAUGUGUUUGACUGGGAUUUACACAUGACUCUUCAUUAUAUUGAUGGAGGUAACCGAAUCACAAAUCAAGAGUACACAUAUUGGCGGAACACUGGUGUAGCUUACACAUUUUUGGAGACUGAUUGCACUGAACCAAAUUAUACAUUUGCUUUAGCCCUAUUGAAAGAUGGAGACAAAAUAACUGCAAUGGACUAUUUUGGUGACAUUAUAAAUGGUCCUUUUCCAUCAUUUGGUUUAGACUGUGAAGAUGAUGAUAUGUUGAAGAUGGGUAACAUGCAACCACUUAAACGUUCCGUAGAUUUGACUGAAAGAAAUUUAACAAGAAUGUUCUAUGAAAUAGAAAAUCAAAAGCCAUACAAGCACAAAGGUAAAACUGAUAAUCUAGGAGUUAUUAUAACUGAACUGCCGAAUGUGAAAAUCCAAGAAGUACAAACUUCAUCACCUCAAGAUAAAGUUAUGUCUGAACAUUACUCCAGUAUUAAUGUUAAUGAUGUAGAAAUCCACUUUAUUCCUCGCACAGCUAUGGAAGAUUACCCUACAUUUGAUAGAUAUAAGAAUUUUUUUGAUGUAAUGUAUUGUGGUCAUAUGUAUUUCGAAAAAAUGAACUUUCAUAUAACAUCUAUGAUUAAAGAUGGAGGCGUAGUUUUAAUGGAAACUCGAAAAUUUAUUGUGAACUAUAAGCAAAAACAACACGAUGAAUUCAAACAGAAAUUAAUAGAUUUAAUGAAAAAUUGUAAAUGUAUGUCGUCAGAGGAUAUUGAUGUAGUUAAGAAUGCUGUAAUUAAAUUUAAUAAACAGCAUUGAGUAAUAAUAA